CAAAAUGAUAGGUCUUAUAUUAAUAAUCAUUGCGUCUACAAAUGUUGUUCGUUCAAGAAACUGCAGUGACACUGAAUUAUGUCCAUUCGAUAAACCUUUCUGUAGUGAAGUUGGUUGUAUCUUCGAAUGUCCAGCUCCCUUUUAUAUCAAUGGAAGCAAUUGUGUCUCCGACUGUGGAGAAAUGUUUGUUGAUGAAAAUCGAAACUGCAUCUCUGCAUGUCCGGAGGGAACAUUUUACAAAGAGACACUUAAACAACACGUAUGCAAGCCGUAUUUAGAAAGAAAAUGUGUUAUAUGCAGCUGGUAUGGCAUGUUUAUUUCUAAUGACUCGUGUGUAAAUUUCUGUCCUUUAGGAUCCAGAUAUAUAGAUGAAAAUAAUUGCGUUUUACAAUGUCCAGAGAAGCGACCUUUUAUGAUUAUUAUAACUGUUCAUGGUUUACCCCAUUACAAAUGUAGAAAUAAAUGCCCAUCAAUGAAUGAUGGUAGCUUCUGUACAAAUGUCUGUCCCGAAAAUAAAGUAGUGAUAGGUUCCUCGUGUCUUGAGCAAUGUCCAUCAAAUACACCUUAUUUAAUAACCACAACUCGGGUGUCUGACACAGUGUCC